CUCUACCAGAGUGUAGCUUUUGCCCAGCAGAGGUCUCUGUAUGCCUGUGUGCCCGGCCCUCCCCCUUCUCUCUGCUGUGUGACUGUGCAUGGGGAAUUACACGGACACUUCCUGUUGCUGCUGCCUUUAGUUACUAUUAUCUGUUAUUGAUGUUUACGCGCUGCCAGUCUCCCUCUGCUCCAGUCCAUUGUGUUCUGUAAAAGAUAUAUCGCAGCAGUGUCCUUACAGCUUUUCCAUGUAGGUUAGGUCCUUGCGGUAUUGCACCGCGCAUAGCGAGAGGAGAGGGACCCCGCAACAGCAGUUACUUCCCCGUGUCGGUGCUGCUGCCUGCCUUUGAGCGGGGUGUAUGCGUGCUGCUGCGUGCUCAGCAUGGCGGGGGAGAGCACCAGGGCUCUCGUCUCUGGAUUUGUUUUUGGCGCUCUCACUUUCCACCAUGUUAACUCCGGCUCAGACUCGGAAGGAUUUCUUCUUGGAGAUGUGAAAGGGGAAGCAAAGGAUAGCAUCACUGAUUCCCAGAUGAGUGACAUUCAAGUAGUUUAUACAAUCGAUAUCCAAAGGCAUGUACCCUGUUACCGGCCUUGCAGUUUUUACAGUGGAGCGGGUGAAUUGGACAAGCGUGCAUUACAGAAGCUACUUGCUGGGCAUGAAAAGAAUGUGAUUGGGUGGUAUAAGUUUCGUCAGAACACAGAUCAGACAAUGACCUUCAGGGAGAGGAUCUUGCAUCAGAACCUGCAAGCAUACCUGUCUAACUCGGAACUUGUGUUCUUGGAAGUCACAACGCAAUCUACAACGGAGACCGAAUCCACUCAUCUCAUUGAGUACUCCUUACAUAAAUCUCAAGAUGGUCUUUUUCAGAAAGUGCCUCUCAUAAUUGCCAACCUGGGGAUGUUGGAGCAGCAGGGAUACAGCACUUUAUCUGGAGCCUGUGUGUCUGUUGGAUUUAACCAGGCAGUCAAAAAUCACAGGUUGGAGUUCUUUAAUGAAGAUGGCACUUUAAAGGAAGUUAAUAAAAUUACUGGUAUGUGUAAGAGUCUACAGGAGCAACUGAAGGACACUUGCAGUCGUGUGGUAGAAAGUGAGAAUUCUGUUGAACAACUUAUACAGCAAGUUAAUCAACUCAAGAUGCAAAUAGCGGAGAAGAGAAAGCUUCGUUCAGAUGGUGAGAAGAAACCUGCAAACCCAGAAGAAAAUGUUUUCUUGUGCAAGGCUAUGCGUCACUUCUUCCCUGGUUCAGCUCAUCUACAAUCGUGUCACCUUUCUCUAACUGGCGAGCCAGUACCUCACAACUGUGAUGACAAUCAUACCCUCAGCGAGGUAAAUAAACUUACUUUAAUGAUUCAACAAUGUGACCUCCCAGAAGCUGGUACCAGGAAAGCUGGAAAGCGAAAGAGACCUCCACUAAAAAAUAAAUCCAAUUUGCUGCUUAUGAAGACCAGAGCUGCCACACAACAGAGCAACAGCAGUGACAGAGUACUGUUCACUAGUGGCACAGAAACAGAGGAGGAUUCAGAGCGUUUACAAAUGGACUACACGGGUUCACAAUCGCCAACAUUUUAAUAAUCAGUCUGGACACGUUUUACAUGUUUCUCCUGCCCUAGUUUGAAUAUUGUUUGACUGUGUGAGUGGGAAAGUGGAGUAUAUGAUGUGGUUAGGGCCAAGAGAACAGGUCCUAUUUCUUUUAACUUGUAUUCUGUUUUAUCUGUCAGAUUUGUAUUUAUUUUAUUGGAAUAAAAACAAUCAAAACUA